UUAAGGUGCUCUAACUCUAGUUUCAUCAAUUACUGUAUUCCCUUACCAACGCAUGAAUAAUGAAUCCUAUCCACACCAGCUACCAACCACUCCCUCGACAAAUAAAUAUUCCUUAUUUCAUUAUAUUUCAGACAUCCUUAAUUAUUACUAAUAAACAGUACUUCAAAUUACACUAAUGGAAGCUCUAAUUUAUUCCUCUUUCACACAUCUUCCACCUUGGUCGAUUAAUUUUUCGUCAUCAUCAAUUAGGAUCCAUGUGAAGAAGAAGAUCACAGCCAACAUAAAUAGUCUGCCAAAACACACAACUCCUCUAACACGCCAAGUAAUUAUCACCACACAGCAUGACCAAAUCAAGAAGAAUAAUUACAUCAAGAAACAAUCCUUGCUCGCAAUCAUCUUCAACGCAUUUGAUCGCUUCAUAUCGACCUUUCUCGACCCGUCACCCCUUCGCCCCUCUCUCGAUCCGGAGCACGUACUAUCAGGACACUACGCUCCAGUCGAAGAGCUUCCCCCCACCGCCUGCGAGGUGGUGGGGGGCGGAAGCCCCCUUCCCCGCUGCCUCGACGGAGCAUACAUCCGCAACGGCCCCAACCCCCGUCUCAUCCCGAACGGCCCUUAUCAUUUAUACGACGGCGACGGAAUGCUGCAUGUGCUCAGAAUCUCACAUGGCAAACCCACCACCUUCUGCAGCCGCCACGUGUACACGCACAAACACGCAGUGGAGGGUGAAGCCGGGUACCCUUUUGUCCCUAGUCCUUUCGCCUCCUGCAACGGCGGAGUUGCAGCUUCGAUGGCUCGUUUGAUGCUGAUUUUGGCCAGAAUAGUCGCCGGAAAGUUCGAUCCGUUGAACCAAGGGUUCGGCACAGCCAACACUAGUGUGGCUCUCUUCCGCGGCAUCGGAAUCUUCGCUCUCUGCGAAUCCGAUCUUCCUUAUAAAGUAAAAAUUACGGAAGAAGGCGAUAUCGCAACCGUCGGCCGCCAUUAUUUUCACGAGAGCAACAAACCGUUCUUGAAUAUGACGGCGCAUCCGAAGAUCGAUGAAGAAACCGGAGAAGCGUUUGCGUACCGGUACAACGUUUCUCCUCCGUACUUAUCGUUCUUCCGAAUCGAUUCCGACGGGAGAAAACAAAAGGAUGUGCCUAUCUAUUCAAUAAAGAAGUGCACAAUGAUUCAUGACUUCGGCGUAACGAAAAACUAUGCUAUAUUCCCGGACUCGCAGAUUGUGGUGAAUCCAUUGUGGAUUUUGGGAGGAAGAUCGCCGGUCGGAAUUGAUUCGAGUAAGAUUCAACGGAUAGGAUUCAUCCCGAGAUAUGCGAUGGAUGAUGGUGACAUGUGGUGGAUUGAUUCUCCGGGAUUGAAUGUGUUGCACUGUGUUAAUGCUUGGGAAGAAGACGGCGGCGCCACCAUUGUGGUGGUGGCUACAAAUGCUUCAAAAGUUGAGAAGAUAUUUGAGAGCUUUCAUUCAUCGGAAUUGAGAAUGGAGAAAAUCACCAUUAAUGUGAAGGCAAAGACGGUGGAGAGGAAUUUACUGUCAACAACAUUUCUUGAGCUUGGAGCAGUCAAUCCAGCUUAUGCUGCCAAGAAAAACAGGUAUGUGUAUGCUGCAAUAAUAGGUUCGAAGGCUUUAAUCGGGAUGGUUAAAAUCGACCUAUCGCUAGCCAACGAAGAUGGCCGAGAUUGCAUAGUGGCUAGCCACCUAUACGGGCCGGGCUGUUGUGGGAGCGAACCGUCUUUUGUGCCGAGGGAGCCGAAUAAUCCGACGGCUGAGGAAGACGAUGGUUAUUUAAUUACGUAUUUACAUGAUGAGAAUAGUGGAGAAUCGAAGUUCUUGGUGAUGGAUGCCAAGUCCGAUGCUCUUGACGUAAUUGUUGCUGUUAAGCUGCCUUGUCGGAUUCCUUUCGGGUUCCAUGGCCUCUUUGUCUCGGAGACUGAUCUUGAAAAACUAUAAGAUAAAUUAUACAUAUAUAGUUUGAGUAAUAAUUCUAUUUAAUUUGCACCCAUGAAUAAUACCAAAAUUACAUGUAUAUAAACAUAUAUAAUUUUUCAAAUUAAAAUUGAAGUGCUCGUGCUAUAAGCAUAAUUAAUAGA